CUUUCUCAUUUUGCUAUUCAUUUCUCUCAUUGAUAUGAUGCGUAAAGAAAGUGUUAAUUCCCUUGAGAUUUUACGAUGCACGCUUUUGUGGGCAAUCUGUGGUGAAAUUAAUUCUGGGAAAUUUCGCGCAAUGAGAGAACCUGGAACCCGAUCAGUUGAUUUGAAUGAUCAUGGUUUUGUAAAACAACGGAAAAUUUCUCCAACUAAACUUACUCUUACAAGGUGGAGUGCAGACUGGAAAAAUGCUACUGCCCUCUAUGAGCAGGCGGCAAAUGGAUUUAGAGUUGCCAAGGAUUAUGAGAGAGCAAAAGAAGCUUAUGAGAAAGCUUCUAAAGGACAGGAAAUGCUUUCUUCACCUUGGGAUGCUGCUAAACAUAUGGAAUCUGCCGCCAGUCUAGCAAAGGACCUAAGAAACUGGAAAGAAGUUGGGGACUUCUAUCGAAGGGCAUCUGAAUUGUACAUUGAGUGUGGGAGACCUCAACCUGCAUCAGAUGCUCUAGCGAAGGGAGCCCGUGCAUUGGAAGAGUCCAUGCCGGAAGAAGCAAUUCAGUUAUAUACUGAUGCUUAUACGAUUCUUGAAGAUGAUGGAAGAGAACAAAUGGCCUUUGAUCUAUAUCGUGGUGCUGCCAAUGUGUAUGUAAAACUUGAGAAAUAUACAGAUGCUGCAUCUGUCUUCAUGAGAUUGGGCUUAUCAGCUGACAAAUCUAAUGCUACCAAUACCCAAUGCAAGGCAUAUCUUAGUGCAAUAAUCGUUCAUCUUUAUGCCCAUGAUUUUAAGGAAGCAGAGAAGUGUUAUAACGACUGCUAUCAGAUUGAUGCCUUCGUCAAAAGUGACCAAAAUCGUUGUGCUGCCAAGCUUCUUGCUGCUUACAGAGAAGGAGACGUUGAAGAAAUCAAGCGGCUUGCUAAUUCCACCACUAUUUCAAAUCUUGACCAUGUGAUUAUCAGGCUUGCAAGGAAACUGCCAACGGGUGAUGUGAGUGCAUUGAAGGUUGAUGGAGCCAAAGAGGAAGAAGAGGAGGCACUAGACGAAAAUGAUCUCACUUGAAUACUGUUACUGCUUGUAUGAUGUCUCUUGUGCGUCUGUUUAUAUAUGAUGAGAGAAAGGUUGGCAGCCCCAUUUGAUUGUGUUGACCCGUACAUAUCAGGUGUUAUAUAAAUAAUUUUAAUU